AUUUCCGCUCCAAACAGCUGGUUUUAAUCAUCGCUUGGACAUUAGAAUUUAGUAAAAAUCCGAGGGCAUACUGUACCAAACUGUGGGGUUUCUUUUGAGGACUAGCCAUGGGAGUUCCCACGAGCGAUUGGAUAUACUGGUGUCGCCUGUGCGCCCGCGACGACGUUGUGUAUAAAGUGCGCGAGCGGGACAACGAUCUGGUUAGGAUCAUCAGCAAAUGCUUCGAUGUGGAGAUGACCCUCGAGGAACCGGAGCUGGGCAGCAUGUUGUGCGAGGAGUGCUACUCCGUGAUUGGCCAGCUGGUCACCUUCUCGGAUAGCGUUUCCAAAGUGCAAGCCAUUUUUGAGCUCCUGCGACACUCGGAACCGCAGGAUAGCCAGGACUUGGACGCACUGCGUCUGGAAUACGGCCUUCCGCCGGCCUGCAAGCAGGAACUCGAGUUCCUGGACAUGGACGAUACGGAGGAUAAGUGUUCCUUGGUGGAGGAACUAACGACAUCAGACCAUUCCACAUCUCCGUCACCAGAUUUUGAAGCACAGACCGUGCGGACACGAGCUAAUCUCAAACAGUGUAAUGCCGAUCCCAAAGUGAUAGCCUCACCUACUGCAUCCAUACCUGAAGUUGAAACAAAACGAAGUCGCCGGCAACAGUAUGCUGCUAAGCGAAAUUCCGAAGUGUACAUUGCCACCGAGUCGGAUGAUGAGGAGCCCAUUCAAGACGAAGACGAUGCAGAAUCCCCGCCGCCUUUGAAACGUAAAAGAGGCAGACCCAAGGGCUCAGGCAAACAGAAAAACGUGGACGACAGCGAUAACGUAACUUCCCGCGAACCAGACAGCAAUGCUAAAUCCAAACCAGAUGACAAGGCAUCCGAAUUGAGCAUGUCGCCCCAUGGCUCCCAGAGUUCGAAUUUCGUCGAUUACCCCUGCAAAAGCUGCAACGAAACCUUUAUGUCCUUCAUGGCUCUGCGCAGGCACAGGCACGACAUGCACGGCGGUCCGAAGAAGUACGUUUGCGACCACUGCGGCAAGGGUUUGAAGACCUUUACAUCGCUGGUGGAGCACCAGCUGGUUCACACGGAAGAGAAGCCCUGCGUAUGCCCCGUCUGCAAUGCUGGUUUUAAGAACAAAGCCAGGCUGAGGGUGCACAGCCAGACACAUGGUGAGCCCAAGUUUGAGUGCAAUGUCUGCGGCAAAAAGCUGCAGACACGGGCGAUUCUUAACAAGCACAAGUAUGUGCACACGGAUGAGCGGCGCUUCAAGUGCGAAGUUUGCGGCAGCGGCUGCAAGAACUCCACGGCAUUGAAGAUUCAUCUCCUUGGACACACCGGCCUCAGACCCUACGUAUGCAAGUACUGCGGAAAGGCGUUCGCUAGCAACACCAACUGCCGGUCCCACAAAUGGAAGAAGCAUCCGGAACUGGCGUCCAAGGAGGAUGAAACCGAAUCUUCACGUGUUCCAGUGCCAACAUUGGAGGAACUAAGAGCGAUAACUCGCGAGAUGGCCAAGGCCAAACAGGAUGUUUAGAGCAUCGACAUAUUCGGUUGAUUAACCAAAAAAUUAUAUAAAUAGCAGUGCGCAGUUAAAUUUUAUCCCAGAGACAUUUACAUUUACACUUAAUUUUACACACAACUGCCCUUUUGCAUUUAAGUUGGUUUUUAAUUAGUCUCAAAAUACAUUUACACUUUAAACGCA